UAAAAGGAUUUUUGAUUCAUCCAGAAGGUUCAGGUAUUAAUUUAAGAAAUUUUAAAAUUCAGGUAGCAAAAUAUGCUACACUUUCAGAUAUCUUUGUAUAUGGUGAAAAUGGAGUAGAUGAUAAUGUAAUGGAAGUUGCAAAACAAAUUGCUUGGGCUCAAAAACUUUUUAGAAAGGAUAAACCUAAUUUAAUGGAAUAUGAAGUAUUUGUGAUUGUAGAUCCAUUUUCUUAUUUUGAAGAAGAAUAUCCGGAACUUGUUUCGAUCGAUAGUAAAGGAGUCAUACGUAAUAAAAUCAAUUUUCUGGAUCGAGAACGAGAAGAAAUGAAGAUAUUGACUUCAGCUUCAGAAAUAUCAACAAACGUUUGGUUGGGUAAUACUCAAGAUGUUCCUAUAUCAAGCGAUCUUGAUCCUGCUGAUUCGGCUAUUUCACUAAUUGAUGAUAAUCCACAUCAAUUCUGCGUAUGUAUUGAAUCACAUGAUUUAGCAGAAAUGCCAGAUGAAACAACACUUUGUUUUGCAGCAGGACAACUUUCUCUUUUAUCUAAAUCUUUUACGACCGAUGAUAUAAUACAUUUAGAUUGUAUAUCAUCAAGA